CCCAGGCCUUCUGUGAGACUCGGGUUCGUAUGUGACAAUGAAGCCUUUGGUCAGAUGGCCUGCAAGUCGCCCCCACACACACCCUAGGGACCUUGGUGGGUCCUUUCCCUCCAGUGGGCCCAGCUGGAUGAGGACUCAGCAGGAAGCCUCCAGGGUUGGAGAUUGCAUGCUCCCACUUUCAAGAGCCGGCCUGGCAUGUAUCCAGGCGGGUGUCUUGGGGUGCCACGCUUGCAUGGGGGUGCUCAAGCUGAAGUUCCUCAAACGCAUGCCAGUUGUGAUCUGGGCCUCCGGGCCAGAAGCCAGGGGAAGAGGUUUAGUCGCUGGUGGCAAAGGAGUUGGGAGCCAAGAAGGUCCCGUUCCUCAAGCAGCUGUGCAGCAGUCCAGCAAGGAGCCCCGGCUCCCUAGGCUCCACUCAGGACCAUGAGAACAGGCUUCCCUGGGCCCCUCCAGGGGGUGAGGAUGGCUAUCCAGCCCACAUCCUGGGCUCCUCCGACCAAUGCCACUGCACUCUCCUAGCACCUGGGACAGCGGGGCCAUGCCAGGAGAGUGGGCCCCAUCUUUGCCCAGAGACAUGCAGCCCUGUCAAGUUGCCAGCGGCCUGGGGUACACCUCCCAGCACCCCCUCAAGGACCACACCCAGGCCAGCAGGACCACCCAGGGCAUGAGGGAGGAGGGCAACGAGGCCCAGGCCCGAGAGCCCCUUGAGGCCCAACUGAAGCAGGCCAAGGAGGUAGAGCCAACGGACCUGCUCCUGAGAACCCAGGCGCUGAGUGGCCACCCAGGAAAGGGCAGCAGCCCCCAGGUACCACCAGGGCAAAGCCGCGAACAGACUCAUUCAUGGCUGGCUGGCAGGAUGGAGAGCAGUCCCCCACAACUCCAUGGCCUAAGCAUUUCAAGGGUCACACGUGUCCUGGAUGAGCCCCCUAGGGGCCUGCAGUGUGAGGCCCCCCAGCCCCCAGAGACUGAGGCUCCCCAGAGCCAAAGGACCAGAGCCUGCCACAGGCCCAGGCUCCCGAGAGCUGAGGCCCCGCCCUCUCCAGAAGAGAAUGGCUCACAAAGGUGCUUCCAGGAGACCCCCUCCAGCUUUACCUCCACAAACUGUACCUCACCAAGUACCAUCCCUGGGCCCCUGCCUCUGAGGGGACCCCAGAACAGCAGUGCCAGCCCCCACAGGCCUGCCUCGGGCCCUGACCGCCAAGCCAUCGGGGCCAACCCCUGGCCUCCUGCUGCUGAGAACAACUUCCCAGGUGCUAAUUUUGGGGUCCCCUCUGCUGAGCCUAAGCCCUUUCCUGAAAGCAGCAGGCCCAGCAGCCGCCAGGGGGUCCCCAUCCCCUAUCCCUUCCCUUCAGACACGGUCCAGCAUGAACAGGCAGCUGGGGCAGUGGUGUUCACCUUUCACCAGCCCCUGGCAGCAUGGUCUGAGGAGGCCCUGGGUACAAGCUCUACCUACCCACCCCUGCCCUGCCCCCGGGGCCAGCUAGAGGACCACAGUGCUUCCAGUGAUCUUGGAGGUGCCCUUUCUCCUUCCGGUGCUGCUCAUUUGGCCCCCAGCCCCUUCCACGACAGUGUGCACAAGAGCCUGACCAAAGUCCUUCCUGAAGAGCCCCCUCCUACCCACAAUGGACUGGGGAGCCCCAGGGGACCCCCAAACCCUCCAACCCAAAGGCACUUUCCAAGGCAAGGGUACAGAACCAGUGGGGUAGGCACCAGCCCAGGGCCUCUGGACACAGAGCUUCCCACCCCUGGGCCACCACCCACCCAUCUGCCCCAGCUGUGGGACCCCACAGCAGCUCCUUACUCCACCUCUACCCUGGGCCCUACAGUUGCUACCAGGACUGCCUUCUUUAAAGGCCAGCAGCUCUGCCUUCCCCAGAGUCCCCCGCUGCCCUGGUCCCCAGUGCUUAUGACUCCUGGGCCAAACCCUCACCGAAUGGGGGUGCUGAGCCGACUGCCAUUCCCCAGGGGGCUCUCUGAGUGUCAGGGGGACAGCCAGGGAGACCUGGGCACUUUGAACACAAUGCGUGGGCCUGGGGAGACACUGUCAGCUCUCAGAAGUAGCCCAGGUCAGCCAAACAGUUCCCCAAGACUGCUUGCCUAUGGUGGGCUGAAAGACCCUGGGACCCAGUCCUUGUUCUUUGGGGGGGCCCAGCCUCAGGCGUCACCUCGAGGGGCCCCAAACCUGCCCCCGCCCAGGGUCACAGGAGCCUCUCCCAGCGAGUCCCCUCUGCCCUCGCCUGCCACCAACACAGCCAGCAGCACCACGUCAUCCCUCUCACCACCGUCCAGCAGCCCAGCCAACCCCAGCUCUGAGGAUAGCCAGCAACCCGGCGCCUUUGGGCCCUCAUCCUUCUUCCUGCCCUCCACUCACUCCCAGGAGACUAGCAGCCCCUUCCCCUCCCCAGAACCCCCCCAUACCCUCCCCACACACUACCAGAGGGAGCCAGCUAAAGCCUUUCCUCUCUCCACAGAGGGGCUAGGAGCUAAGGAUGCCUUUGAGGGCCUGGAGGGAGCCCCAUUCCCCUGUCAGAGCCCCUCAGUGAGCAGGGGUGGGCUGCGGCCCUUUCCCGCAGAGCCACCCCCAUACUCCACCCAGCACUUCUCCCUGAGCAGCGCCAGCCUGGACCAGCUAGAUGUACUGCUGACCUGCAGACAGUGUGACCGAAACUACAGUAGUCUGGCGGCCUUUCUGGAACACAGGCCGUUCUGCAGCCUGCUGCUGGCCAGGAACAAGGAUGGCCCUCUGCAGCCCCCAGGGCUCCCCACACCCUCUGCCACUCCAAAGGCACCCACAGAUGCACACUCAGGCUUGCUCGAACACAGCCAGGCCCCCUUCCUGCUAGCCAGAGACGACCGGGGAGACAGCAAAGAUGACUCCCUGAGGACAGGCUUCCUGCCCAGCCUGGCCACCACCCCCUUCCCACUCCCUACCUCGGACCUGGACAUGGAAGAUGAUGCCAAGCUGGACAGGCUCAUCACCGAGGCACUCAAUGGCAUGGAGUACCAGUCGGACAACCCCGAGAUAGACAGCAGCUUCAUCGAUGUCUUUGCUGAUGAGGAGCCCGUGGGUUCCAGGGGGCCCAGCGCUGGGCAGCCACCCAACACCCACUCGGGAGCGACUCCCAAGAAUGGCACCCAGUCCCUGCUCCCAACCAGAGCCGCCUGCACUGAAGACAGGGUUUGUCUGGCCCGAAACAGGCCCAAAACUCGCUCCCUAGGCCCGGCUUCCACAGAGACAGAGGCAGCCAGCCUGGUCAGACAGCAGAGGAGAGGAAAGCAGUUCAAGUUGUUCCAGAAAGAGCUGGAUGUGACUAAGGGUGUUAAGAGCCCUGUCAGAGCCAUCUGCCUAAGGCCAAGGAGGAGGGGCCACAGUACUGAGAGGCCCCCACCCCAGGGCCGCAGAAGUCAAACCCGCAGGGGCCGUGCUGACACAGACGAGAGCAUCCCCAGGGCCACCUCCACAGAGACCAGGAGCUCCAAGCGCCUGCGACUGACCCCUGGGAAGGACCCCAGGAGGAGGAGGACUCCGGGAGGCUCCUGGAACAAGGAACUCAUCCACAAGAUCGUGCAGCAGAAAAACAGGCGUUACCGGCGGCAGACACCACGUAGCCAGGUCCUGCAUAACCCUCUUCUGACCGCAAGGCCACCUAGUGCCCAGGAGAUCAGGCUCAAGGGACGGGGCUGUGUCUCCGAAUCUGAGGAGGAGGACGGUGCUCAGCAGCAGGGUCCUGGGGAUCCAGGCUCCCAAGGCCGUUCCCGCUACAGCCGCCAGCGGUGGCGCAGAGGCAGGAAGAGGAAGGAAAAAGACUUGGACCAGGGCCCCAGAAAGGUCAGGAAGCAGGAAGCUGGUGAGAACAGGGGCCUCCCCACUCCAGGGGGAGCACACAGCCUGAUGCAAAGCUUGGAUUCUGAAGACCCUGUGGAAAGAGAUCCCGAAUGUGCUGGUCACCCCACAGAAGCACCCAAACAUCCUCCACAGGUCACCACCACCACCAAGACCCCAGAGGAAAAUCACACAGCCCUGGGGUUCCCCCCAGAGGCCAAGAAGCCUGAAGUUGCUGCUGAGUUACCCCCUAAUACCACUGAACACAGAGAGAAGUCCAGUUCUUCAGCUACCUGUGGUGGAGAGAGCCCCAGAUGCCCCCCUCCAGAGACUCUACAGCCUCACAGACCCAGGCCAUCAGGGAGCCAUCCUGACAUCCUGUCUGGAGAGAUCAUGCCAACACCACAUGUGGGCUGUCUGCUGGGCACUUCCAGAUGCCUGAAAGCCCCCAGGUUCCACACUGGGGAAGACAUCUCGGCUUCCCAGCCAGGAGGGUGCCUGGUACCCACUGAUAAUGCAACAGAUGCUGUCUACACCAAACCCAGUAUCCUGGUUUUCAAAAACUCUGAUCCUGGUUGUGACCCUGAUCAUUAUGACAGAGACUCUAUAGGGUGUCCAGCUGCCCAAAGAGGGCCCCCACCUAACAGUGACACCCCCUGUGAAUUGUUGCUAGGACCCAAGGACCUGGCUGGCUGUUUCCCUGAGGAUCUGUAUUCCAAGCCUUUAGCUGUGGACACACCACAUGCCCGCUGCUGCUACUUUGUUCAGGAUUGUGUAGAGACCCUCAAGUCAAGACAACCAAAGAAUCCACCCUACCCGACUGAAACAGACCCAAGCAAGGCACAUUUGCCACUGGCCUUAGAGUCCACAUCCCUGUUUUCAGAGCUGCCCAAUGAUGGAUUUGACCCACAACUCUACAACAGCCUGUCUGCGAACAGGGGCACUCAAGUACCACUGGUGUGUACUGAUCCUCUCCCAAAGAAACCCCAGGCAGAUCCUCUGUACCGCUCCUUCCUGCUGCUGGAGGAAGUUUCUCCCGUGCUCCCUGGUCCAUUUCCUGGCCUCUCCAAGGAUGCUGGAGAUAUUCAGCAUUCAGUAGGCACUGAACAUUCAGCAUCUAGUAAGAAGAGUCCCUUUGAAGCUAGAGUGUCCCCCAGCCCUCCCCCUGUGCCCGAAAAGGGCAAUGAAUGUAGCGUCACCUUCAUGAGCAAUCUGUGCGAGGAUGAGCUAGAGAUCAAAAGAUUGGUGAGUGAAUUAGAAAGCCAGCUGCAAAGGAGAGGGAGCACACGGGGACCUCCCGGAGAGGCUGACAGAGCCACAGGAGUAAGCAGGAUGGACCCAGGCCCAGAGUCAGCCUCCUUACUGCCCAAACCUCAGUCCGUCUCGCCCCAUGGGGGUACCCUCUCAACAGCCAGCCUUUCAGGUCCACAGCAGGAAGGGGCCCUCAGGAGCUCUCAUGGACAGUGGCCCUGCCUAGCCUCCCGCCAUACAGGAGAAGCAGCCCCUCCCCCAGGCACCCAGCUUGAAGACCCCAGCUCUGAGGCUGCUUUCAGCCCUACAGGUUUCAGACUCAGUUUUCCGGCAGUGCAGGAAGCCAGCGCCUCCAAUGUGGACCCUGAGAUCCCCCUAGGUGACCACCUGCCUGUCACCACCAAGCAACAGGGACCCCUGCUACAUGCUGGGAGUUUAGCCAAAUGUAGCCCAAACCGCAAACUUGUAUUUCCUAAAAAUAAUGAGGCUUCUGGGACCCAGAAGGAGGGCGCUCCACUGCUGCGUCCGUGUGAACAUUUGAGGGGGCGUUCCCUGGACUCCCAUGAGACCCAGAGGCCCUGCCCAAGUUCCUCUGCACUGGAAGCACUUGGCAGCCCCAGCACCCAUCUGGCCUUGGCACCCAACUUGGUGCUUCAGGGUGACAAGGGAGCCGUCUCACCGCCAGGUGCCAGGCCCAGACAUGUCUCCCAAGAACACCUUGAGGGCCAAGCAGAGGGCUCCAUGGGGGCUGUGCUCACCCACCCAAUUGCAGAGGGGCUUGGCUUUGAGGGUGAGUCUGCAUCUGCAGGGACCUUUUCAUUACCCACCCUUCAGGGUGGCAGAGCUUGGUCCCAUCCCAUGCUGGGUCCUGCCUGGGUACCCAGUGACCACCUUGGACAGAAGCCCCAGGACCCAGCUUGCCACUCCUGUCCUCCACUUCAGGUCCUGGGUGCUGGAGCAAAGAGUGAAGACGAGGCCCAGGGCCAGCAGGAGCUACUACCUAACCAUGCUCAGAGCCCUCGGCCAGGGGACCCCUCAGUGACAGGAGGGGCUGGUAUGAAAGGAGGCCCUUCAGGAGCAGUGAAAAUGUCAACUGUUCCUACAGACACCGGACAUCAGCUGAGGCCCAAGGCAGAUGGGCAUCUGGGCUCACCGAGCCAAGCUAAGAAAACUAAGGGCCAAGGCCAAGCCAGCUGGCUUCAGUCAAAUAACAGGAAGAGCCUGGGGGGCCCAGACAUGCUCACCAAGGUCCGUUCCCAUCCAGAAGCCAGGCCAGCCAGGGCCAGAAGGGCGUAUCAGGGGAGCAGAGCAGUCAGGGGCCUUCGGGCACAGAUUCGGCCCUCCAUAAGCCCCACCCGCCCUGAUGGUGCCUCCUUAGUUUCCACCCUAACAGCAGCCCAGCUCCAAAUGGGUCCUACAGAGAGAAGCCCAGAGAAAGCCACCAGCCUACACCAGGUCCCACAACUGCUGGUCAACAGGGAGAGCCCAGCUCCUACCAACAGAGGCCUGGCCACUCAUGUCCCUUCACCCAUCUCCCUGGCCACACCUACUUCAUGUGGCCUUGAGCCUCCACCACGGGAAGACCCUAGGGGCCUACCAGCACCUCUCUCCUGUAGUGACCCAUCCAGCCCCCAGCAUCAGCCAACCUGUCCUGCCUCGGUACUUCUGGGAAGGGCCAGCCAUGUCCAAGUCCCCAAAGAUGCUGGGUCAGAAAGGCUCCUAGCAGCCCCUCCAUCUUUGGUAACAAGCCACUGUGGUCCCAAAGAAACUCUAUCUUAUCCCAGCAAUCCCAAAGACCCCCCGUCAAGCCCGUCUGGCCCCAUCACUGUCUCAUCCCCUUCACGACAUGGCAAAGAUGGCCCCAGAGGCAGCACAAUAAGAACACUAGAAGAUUCUGGAAAAGAGGCGCCAAGGAAAUCUCCUGCCUGUGCCACUGCUCCUCCCCCAGGGGGCCCCAGCUUCCCAAGAAUGACCAGCGAAGUUGCCCCCAUAUCCAGCAUUCCCACUAAAGAUGGCCUAGAUUCAAGCAGGGAACUUGGAGUAACAAACCCCGACUCCAUGGAGGCCCUAUCCCCCAACAGCCCAGAGAAGAUAUCCUCCAAGGACUCCUCCUCAGGGCCCCAGAGGAAGAUUCCUUGCCCUAGCCACAGGAAAGGCCACAGCAUCAUGGCUAUGUCCACAGACCCUGCCAUGCUGGAGGCCCCAGAGCCAGACUCUCACACCUGCCUAGACGGUGAGACAGGAGCCAACAGCGAGGGACAGAGAAACCCGGGGACACCAGGGGCAAGGCACUCUGACGUGACAAAGGUACCCAGAGCUGGUGCCAGAGGCAUACCCACAGGGCUCCAGUUGGCCCAAACAGCCUCUUGGAGCUGCACAGCCAGUGAUUUCAGGUCUGAUUCCCCUCAAAUCCACGUCGGUGUCCCCUACCAUCCUCCUCAGAAGGACCCCCUUGGUCUCCAAGACCCCAAACGAAGACCCUGUAAGAAGCUGGAGCCCACAGAGAAGCCUCCAGCAGGGCCCCCUGUGACCUGCGAGCUCUGCUCAGCCUCCUUUCGCUCCAGAGCUGGCCUGAACCUGCACAAAGCCAGGAAGCACCGGCGGCAUGGGGAGGCGAGCUCCCAGCUGAACCCCAUGGCCCUGCCAGCUCACCAGCCUCCAGAGUCCACAGCCCAAACCCCUGGGAAGGAAAGACCAAGUCCCUCACCCCUGGGCCCCAGCCGUGCUUCUAGGCCACCUCCCAUCCAGGGCUCCACAGCACCUGAGGACACCCUGGGUCCUGAGAAGGCAACUAGGAGGGAAUCUGGGGAAGCCGGGAUACCAGAUGCUCCCCUCAACCAGCAACCACACACCCCAGGCCUUAUCAAGCAAGGAAAGGGUGCAAGGGUCACAGCCUCAAAGUCAGAGAGACCAGACCAGCUGCACUCAGAUCAGCUCCAUCCUAGCCAGACAGAGACUAGAGUCCAAAGGGGAGGUGGAGGGCCUGUGGAUUCCCCCAGCCGCUCAGAGAGGAAACCCAAUAGGAAAGCAGGAAAGCCCAGGCUGAGGAGGCAGAAGCACAGUCCUGAAAACCCUGCCGGUAUGACUUCAGACAGGCACCCCUCAGAUCUAUCAACUGCACUUGGCCAUCCUGCCACCCCUCUGAGCCUCUCGACUGAGGGAGAACAUAGGGCUGAUGUGGAGCCGCCUGGAGGGCCUGGGAGCCUGGAGGGUACAGUAGACAUGGCCCCAGAGACUUUGUAUACAGAGGAGACACCAACACAGAAGGCACCCCAAGAGUGGAGGGUCCAUCGAGGGAGGAUAGAGAGGGAGCAGCCAGUGGAAAAGAAGACAGCCUUGGAAUGGUGGUUCAGGGAACCAGGAGAGACCAGGGCACUGGACAUUGGCAAAGAAACAUCAUGGGAUGCAGAGAGCCAGCCUGCAGAGCACAGCAGAGGGGCCCAGGGCAGGUCGGAUGAAGGCACUGGGGAGGGGACACCUGACUCUCCCAACAACACACCCAGUUCUGAAGUGGGCAGCACCAUCAGCACCUGCCCCAAGGACCCCAUGAAUGACCCAGAAACCAAGGGUGGAGACCAGGGGUCCAAGGAAACCACUCCCGAAGCCCCCAGUCCUGGUCAAAGGGACCCUCCAGGCUUGUUUGAUGAUGAGCUCUCCUUUUCCCAGCUCUUCCCCCUGGGAGGCCGCCUGGCUCAGAAGAAGAACCAACGUGUCUACGGGAAGCGCUGCAAAGGGCCAAAGUGCCCGCCGCCAACAGAGCCCAGCAUCGAGGCGACAGACAGUGCCUCCCUCUUCUCCACCCGCCUGCCCACAGAUCUCAGUGACUCAGGCUCUCUCUGCCUGUCUCGUGAGGAAGAAGACCUAUGGGACGACGAGGCCAUGGGUCUGCCAGAGUCCUUCCUCCUGGAUGGGCUCCUGAGCAGCAAGGCACCUGGCCUUGAUCCCUGGACUCCCAGCCUCAGUCUAUGGGCCCUGGAGCCCAGCACAGAGGCCAGCUGUGCAGAGGAGGAGCUCUCCUGCUGCACCGAGGGCCCAGAUGAGUGGUCGGAGGCCAUCCCCCAGCUUCACAUGGUCCCGGCAGCCUGGCGAGGCCUGGAGCUGUGUGCUCCCACCUGCGAGACAUCCUCUUCCCUCGGAGACAUGAGCCCGGAGCCCCCCAACCUGGAAAGAGAGCGUGAUGAGGGUGGGUUUCCCAGAAACAUCAACCUGCCCCCACUUCAUGUCAAAGAUUUUGAGGUGCUCAGCACCCAGCUGGAGAUGCAAGACCUGUGCCUUCUGGGACCCUGUGAUGACCCUACCAGCUUCCCCAGCCCCAGCAUCUUGGAUUUCAAGGCCACAGUCAACUCACAGGGGCCACAGAGCAAAAGAACAGAGGAAACUGCCCGGGCAGGACGGGCCAAAGGCAGAGAUGGGCCCAAGAAGGGCAGGAGGGCCUCCUACAAGUGCAGGGUGUGUUUCCAGCUCUUCCACGGACUGGGCGAGCUGGACCUACACAAGCUGGCACAUAGCCCCUCACCGCCUCCCACCUGCUACAUGUGUGUGGAGCGCAGGUUUGGCUCGCGGGAGCUGCUGCGGGAGCACCUGUGGGAAAGGCACGUGCAGGGCAGAGCAGGACCGUGGGCCUGCGGCAUGUGCCUCAAGGAGGUGGCAGACAUCUGGAUGUACAACCAGCACCUGCGGGAACACGCCGCCCGCUUUGCCCGCAACGGGCAGGCGCGGCGGACCUUGGAGGACCUGCCUGGGUGCUUGGAGGGAGACAACACCCUCACCCAUUUCCUGAACAACAUUGUGGAGCAAGCAUCCAAACCCCAGAGGGGCAGGUGCUCAGUUGGCAAGGCUAAGGGGAGCGAAGUAACAUCGGAACGAGAGAAAGAAGCUGGGAAGGAAAUCUCAAAGGGGAGGGUGAAGCCCAAGGUGCGUGUCUCAGCCACCUCCAGCCGAGAUGGCGCCUUCGAGCCUCCCGGUGGGUCCACCAAGGGAGGCAGCCUGUCCACUCUGACCAGCGGCUCUGUCACCUGCUCCGGCUCAGUCAAGACGUCCCCCACCCCGUCCCCAGACCCUUGGCCCCACAGUGAGUCCCUGCUCCAGGCUGUCCCAGUGCAUGAGGACUGCAAGGACCCCUCCCGGGACUGCCACCACUGCGGGAAGCAAUUCCCCAAGCCCUUCAAGCUGCAGCGCCACCUGGCGGUACACAGCCCGCAGCGCGUCUACCUGUGUCCCCGGUGCCCGCGGGUCUACCCUGAGCACUGGGAGCUGCAGGUGCACCUGGGCGUGGCCCAUGAGGUGAAGGAGGAGAGGGAGGUGCCGCACACGCCCCUCUAUACCUGCGAGCUCUGCGCCAACGUCAUGCAUGUCAUCAGGAGGUCCUUUGUGUGCAGUUCCUGCAACUACACCUUUGCCAAGAAGGAACAGUUCGACAGACACAUGGAUAAGCAUCUGAGGAGUGGCCAGCAGCCUUUUGCACUCCGCAGUGUGAGACGUCCAGGGCUUCCCAGGAGGAAGACCCCGGUCCCCGAGGAUGUGCUGCCCAGCAAGCGGCCCAGAGUGGUAGUGCCCAGCUGUCCCUCAAACAUGGACAGAGCUCCAUCCAUGGGCAGCCCCACCCCAAGUGAGGGUUCCCUCCCUACCCUGCCCUUGCUCUGUCCAGAGGCAACUCCCAGCCCCACCCAGGACCAAUCCAGUUCCCAAGAGAGGCCUGUGGACCAGGCAGGCCACCCACACAGGGGGGACGACCCACCGUUGAACAGUCAGGACCUUUCUCCCCCGUCUCUGUCUCCUUUCCCAGCUGCCUCAGCUGAAGGUGCAGGUGGCUGCGAGCUGGACAGAGCCCUGGAGAGGCCAGAGAACAAGGCCUUAUCAGGCAGCCCUGAGCCAUGUAAGCAUCAAACUCCCCCGGAAGAAAAGAAGGUCCCUCACCUGUUCUCCGGGAAACUCAGGAGCCCAGGUAGCCGAGGCAAGUGUGCCCCUGGCUGUUCCACCAGAGAGCCCUCCCUGCCCCAGAAGGAGAGACCAAUGUCCACACACCGCAUGGUACCUGAAGGGAAAAUGGGAGGUCCCUCCCAGAAGAGCAGUGCCACCAAGUCAGGAGCCUGCUGGAGUUCAUCAAAGCACAGGUCAGCAGUGCCCACCCCUGGCAAAGCACCCAAGCUCCCUGUCCCACCAAGGAAGCCCACAGAGGUGGGAAGCCCAGCUUGCGGAGAGUUGGCCCGUAGCCCUGAGGACAGGGUAAAACCCAGCACUCCCAAAGCUAAACCAAGGCCCAGCUCCCAGGGCAGUGGGGGGUCACAGCAUGGUACUCAGACAUGGGGAGGCAGCCAGCCCCAGCCAACCAGUGGGCAGCUCCAAAGCGAGAUGGCUACCACCCCAGCCGAGCCCAGCUAUCUUGGCUGGCAGAGCCCCACCCCUAACCAGCUCCCACCUCGAGCCAAAGGCAGCACCAGGGGGCCCAGAGGAACUGAUGACCAGGAGACCCAAGUGCAUGUGGAUCCCAGGGAUAAAAGAGAGGACAAUGAAAAGAGGAAGAGGGGCCUGGCCCCGAGGCUGGUCAUGCAUGAAAGCACAGGGGACACGGGAAGAGCCCCCUCAGGCCCCCACAAGCCCUCCCGGGCCCCCCGAAAACAAGCCACUCCCAGCCGAGUUCCCCCUGCCAAGCCCAGACCCAGCGGCCAGAGCAGCAGGACGAGGCCACAGCCUGCAGCACAGCGGAAAGGGGACCCCAGCCACACUCCUGAGAAGGGCUCCUUCCCCCAGGCAAGACCCCUGCUCAGGCCCUACAAGAGGGGCAGAGCUGUCCAUGGAGCUGAGCCCAUGGAGCCCCGAGACCACCGGACUGUGGAGGCCCAGAACGACCUCCUCAGCCAGCUCUUUGGACAGAAACUGACCAGUUUCAAAAUCCCUCUGAAGAAAGACACUUCUCAAUGACCCACAGGAGAGGGUAUCUGGGAGCCCAACAGAUGACUCCUGGCUGGCAUACACCUUCAGUGUAUGAGACAGCUCAGUUUGAGACCACUUGUCUAUUUCCCUGCACCCGACUUCUCACAAAUGCUCAGACAGACCCAAGGGCUGAGAGUGUGCUGCUGGGCGCAGGGCUUUUUGCUGGAAGGAUGUGGUUGAGGGAAGGAGCAGCCACAACCCCUCUGAAACCACGUAGCUGUUUUCUUAGUUCCAAGUACUUGAAGAAAGCAGCUCACAUUCCACCACCACCACCCUGUUGGCCUGGUACCUUACAUUGUAAAAGAUGUGCACAGGGUCCCCUAUCUCCUAGCAGGGAAGCACAGUAAGGUGAACAGCCAGAGAGUGGCAGCUGCCCUGUCUUGCUGCUGUUGCUGAAAUUCCAAAGUGGCCUUAGAGGUCAGGUGGGAGAGGGCAAUGCUCUCUACUUGGGCCAUCUCUGAGCCACCUAGUCCCUGGGGGUAUAACAGGGCCCUCCCCACCGACCACAGGUUAUGCUGGCCUUUAACUGCUCUGCCUUGUUUCUAGCACCUUAUCCCCAGAGACCUGAUUACCACAGAGAGUGUGGAGAAAGCCAUUUCUCAGCCAGCACCCAGUGAUUCCCCCAGGCCUGUGGCCCCUUCCUGGUGCCUUCCUCCCCAUAAGGGCUCUGUCUCUAGGUCUCAGCAAGCCUGCCCCAAAGGUUCUGGUGCUAUUCCCAUGCUAUAAUGUGAAUACGGGCUCCCUGGUUUUUAUCUGAACCAAGGGAUGGUUAGGGUGGGGAGACCUGGUCGAGGAGGCUGCAGCCCAGGGUUUGAGGUGGCCUCACCCGUCUCCCCAGCUGAGCUCCAGUCCCAGGGUCCCAGCAGCAAAAGGACCCUCAGGGCUGGGCGUGGUACAUGCAUUGGUAUGAACCUGCUAACUGCACACCUCCUAUGUGUCAAAAUGGGCAGUGGGCGGUAGAGACUUCCCACUCUCUGGGAGUCUCAGAGACUCCUGACUUUUGAUGUGUAGAUUUUAGCUUGGGUGCAAUGUGAGUGUCAAAAGAUUUUAUUUUGACAUUUCAAACAAGACCAAAUCGGGCCUCCCUAAAAGGUGCUGGGUCUUUCAGAACGCCUCUUUCAAGUGUAUGAAGAUGUGGGCAGGGGGCCUCUGAGGUCGUACUGUAAAAGUCAGAGCUAACUCGUCUUUUCAAAUAUAUUCCCACUAUUUUCGCAGAAACCUCCUGUCUAUGUGACAUCUCUCCUCUUGCGCCCAGAUGUGUCCCAGAAGGUGUUUCCUUCAACAGUCACUCCCCAGCAUCACUAUUUGCUGUGAACCAUGCUGGGGUUGUGAGGACACUCGAAGCAGGACAAGAGAGACUUACAGGGAACAGGAAUCUUCUAAAGCUGGAUUUGAGGGUGGUAUCACCCUAAAGGGGGUGAGGUGGUAUGACUAGGACAAAGAAGGGCCAGGGAAGGUCUCUGGACCACACCAAACCCUAGUGACAUUUAGGGCUAGGAUGGUCAGGGGAGUAGCCUCUCUGGUCUGGGUAUCAGAAAGGGUCUGUUAGGCUUCAGGGUGAAGACCCAAGAGGCCAUCCAGACCCACUGUCCUGCCCCAUCCUUUCAUCUCAGCAGAGCUCGGGUGGCAACUGGCCAGUAGCAACCCUAUCACCUGGGUGGAGGUUCUGGUCAGACGCCAUGGAGACGCGGCACCCUGAGUUCUCACACACCCUUGAGAGCUCACUUUGAGGGAGACAUCCCAGGGCCAGCUAGGCUGUGUUGAGGGCCUGGCAUGAGCAAGCCCAGCCUUGUCCACACACUGCUACUCCUAUGGCCCUCAGGCUGUCCUCUGACCAGAAGACACUCAGUGGGCACAGCCCUGUCCUAGCCACCAGGUGGCAGCAUUCACCCAGCCAAGGAGCCUAGCCUCCCACCACCCGUGCAGGGCAGAUGAAGCCCUGAGGCACUUGCUGAACCUCAAACUGCUGUAGACAGAGCUGGGGACGUCCAAUCACAGAUGCAUUGGACGCCCUAUCUGCACCAACAGGCACACGCACAAGGCCCACAUGAAUGCAUACACACGUGCA